AACUGAUUCCCUUUGAAUUAGACCAUUUAAUAAGACCAUUUAAUUAUGGAAUACUCGUGCAAAAUAGUUGAAAUAAUGAGGCUUUUAUUUUGAAACUAGUAUGUCUGCCAGUUACGCAUGGGAUCUUACAGAAAUGGUCUAUCAAAGUAAAUGUGUUUACUCUACGCUGUUAGCUAGAAACGAAAAGCAGUCAAUGUAAUAACUUUUUGCACGACGUCAGUUGAAUAAAAUGUGUGCGAUCUAAUGCUUCCUCUAAAGGAGAAGGUUUGCUCUGCGCAGAGGGAAGAUAAACAAGACUGGAUGUAAAUAAUUCACAAGCAGCAUGCUGCACAACAACAGGGGUCAACAACAAUACAAGUACAGCGAAUAACACUGGUCUUGCUUUGUACGAGAAGGGGAACAUGGAGCCUGCGAGCCUGGAGAACUUGUGUGUUUUGUACCACAGCGCAAACUAUAUAGUUGUCAACAAACACUGGGAUGUUCGUAUUGACAGCAAGAUGUGGUAUGAGAAACAGACUGUCCAGAGUCAGCUGAAGCAUCGCUUCCCAGAGCUUGCAGAUCCUGGCACCUACUACGGCUUCAGGUUUUGCCAUCAACUGGAUUUCUCUACCAGUGGUGCUUUGUGUGUAGCACUGAACAAGGCAGCAGCAGGACAAGCGUACCGCUGUUUUAAGGACAGACUUGUUACCAAAGCUUAUCUCGCUCUGGUCCGUGGCACUGUGGCUGAGGAAAAAAUGACCCUGGACUUUGCAAUCGGCAAGAACACAACAGAGGGCAAAACCCAUAUGAUGUGUACUGAAGGAACAGAAGGUUGUGAGAAUCCUAAACCCUGCCAAACAGAGCUGACAGUUUUAGAGUAUGGAGAAUAUGACAGAGAUCCAGUCACAAAAGUGCUUCUGCAGCCUCUGACAGGACGGACGCACCAGCUCCGAGUUCACUGCAGUGCCAUUGGUCACCCCAUAGUGGGAGACUACACGUACAGUCUCCGCACAGACAAUGCUCCGUAUCGCAUGAUGCUGCACGCCUACUUCUUGCACAUCCCACUAGAGAAUGAUCCCAUUCACGUCACAGCCCCAGAUCCCAUUGUACCCACCCUCGACUCCAAAUGGGCACCACAAAGAUGUGUGAAUGUUCUGGAGGACCUACUGAAGAAUAUUUUGACAAAACCACAAACUGAAAUCCAAGAAGAACCAGAGCCAGUGCACAGGAGGAGCAGCCCAGUGGAGAGUGAUGAGCAACAGGCACAGUGUCAGCAGUGGUUAUGUGAAUGGAAUCUGGACUGAGGAACCCUUCCGCUGUUUUACCAGUACAACACUGAAGCUACACUGCAGUGUCCCCAGCUCUAUAGAGUACUCUUUUCUUUAAAUGGUAGUGGGUAGCUAGCACUUAGCAUACUUAUAACAGUAUACAGUAAGAACAGAAGGCAUAAAGGAGUUUUGGCUGACCCCCCACGCUUUUGUCAAUUUACACCUACCAUUCAAAAGUUUGGGGUCGGUAAGAUUUACAGUAUUUUUUAUUUUUUUUAAAGAAAGUCAAUUGCUUACCAAGCCUGCUUUUAUACGAUCCAAAAUAGACUAAAAACGGUAACAUUGUUCAAUAUUCUUACAAUUUUAAAGAACUGUUUUCCAUUUGAAUACAUUUUAAAAUGUAACUAUUUACUGAAUACAUAAAUUUAUUGCUGAAUAAAAUUAAUUUAAAAAAGAAAAUCUUACUGACUCUGAACAUUUGAACAGUAUUAUACCUAAUUUGAACAAAAAAUAUCAAAAGAAGUAUAGCAUGUCAUUGGAGUGCCGAGGGGAAUAACUUUUUAAAAAUCCUCCCAAUUAAGUAUCUUUACCUCUUUCAAAUGCAAGUAUGCUAUGUGUACAAGUGGUAUUGUUCAUUGUAUGAAUGCGUAACUAUGGUUUUAGCUUUUGUGCUUUUAAAGCAAUAGAGAUUUUAUUUUUUAUGAUUUAUUUUUCUUUUAUUGUUACUUUUUUGUUUUGGGGAUCAGUUUCGUUGCAAUCUGGAAGGGGCCAAGACCUGCCUGUUUCCACUACAUAAACAGGCAAGUUACAGUCUGAAAGGUCUUCUUGAUUUCUGUACUUAACAUGAAUCAUGUUUAUAGAAAUUCAUUGCUUCAUAUAGACUGAACAAUCCCUACCUCAAAAACUAAAACUGUUGCUUUGGCAAAUGAAAUUAAAGUAUGUAAUUGAAUGAGUCUA